AUGCUCCCCGUGUACUUCAUCUCUCAUGGAGGGCCCACGUUUGCAGAUAAAGGCCAUGCCGGCUCAGAGGUCGGUGCCUGGGACACCGUUCGCAAGCUCGGUCCACAAAUCGUGAGCUCCAGACCAGAUUACGUCAUAUGCAUAUCGGCACAUUGGGAGACUGCCAAUGACGUUCUGGUGUCCAGCAACGAGGGCGAGAACCCCUUGGUUUACGACUUCUACAAUUUUCCACGCAAAUACUACGAAACCAAAUUCCACACAUUAGGCUCGCCCGCCUUUGCCAAAGAAAUUGUCAAGACGCUCCAAGACAAGGGAAUCCCAGCCGCAGUCGAGUCGCGCGGCCUGGAUCAUGGAGUUUGGACACCCCUCAGAGUUGCGUUCGGAAAUCCGGACGUCCAAGACACCAAUCGGCUAGAUUUGGAAAUUCCGUUGAUCCAGGUAUCUUUGCCUCCUUCUCCGAAAAUUGUUGACAGCUACCGGCUCGGAGAAGCCCUUUAUGAUCUGCGUGCAAAAAACGUGGCUAUUGUUUGCUCGGGAAUGUCUGUGCAUAACCUUCAGGACAUGCGCAGGGCCUUGAGCAACUCGGACGAGCCGCUGCCCUACGUCAAACUCUUCAACUCCUGGCUCACAAACACCCUUACACAGGGCAAUGGCCUCUUAGGUCUGCAGAAACUGGAGACAGAUCCCCAGCUGAACCAGUUGUACCGAGCUGCGCAUCCCACCCCUGAGCAUUUCCUGCCCCUUGUCGUGGCUCUUGGUGCUGCGAGAGCGGGCAAGUGCGAGGUUCUUCAUACGGCAGCCACCUAUUCGCUAGGCUGGAAUAUUUAUAAGUUUAUUUAA